AUGGCCACUGCAGUCGCCCACCAGCCCCCCGCCCCCGCGGCCAAGUUCCACGCCGGCAAGGUACGGCACACGACCUCUCCGCUCGACCGCGCUGCCGCCGCGGAAGCGGCACAGGACGCCGCGGCGCGCGCGUUCGCCCCGCCGACCACGGUGCCGGCGUACACCCCGUCGACGGCCGACCUGGCCGACCUGCUCGCCCACUCGCACGUCCACACGUCCCCGUCGCUCGGGACCGAGUUCCGCGCGCCGUCCCUCGCCGCCGCGACGGACGGCAAGCCGUCCCUGUCUAUCCGGGACGUGCUCGACGACGAGGCGCGCAUCAAGGCGCUUGCCCGGCUCGUGUCCGAGCGCGGCGUCGUCUUCUUCCGCGACGCAAUCAUCACGCCCAAGGAGCAAGAGGUGCUCGUCCACCGGCUUGGCCUGGCCGGCGGCAAGCCCACCUCCUCGGGCAUCCAUAUCCACCCGUACACCCUCCAAGGGGAGGAGCACGGCGAUGGGAUUCUCAAGAUCUCGAGCGCCGACCAGGGCAGCCGCGCGCUCAAGCGCCAAGACCAGGCGAGCCUCCUCAACCGCCACAAGGGCAACCUCGAGUGGCACUCGGACAUCUCGUUCGAGCGCGUCCCGUCAGACUACGCGACGCUGCAGGUCCGCAAGCUCCCGCCCAACGGUGGCGGCGACACCGUCUGGGCGUCAGGCUACGACGCGUACGAGCGGCUGUCGCCCGCGACGCGCGCGUACCUCGAGGGCCUGACGGCGUACCACGACGGGUCGCACUUCCACGACAACAUCAGCGAGCACGGGCAGAAGCUGCGCGACAUCUCGCGCGGCGCGCCCGAGAACACGGGGCCCGAGCUCGACGCGGUGCACCCCGUGAUCCGGACCAACCCCACGACGGGGUGGAAGACUCUGUUCGUCCCGCGCAACUUCACGCGCCGGAUCAACGAGCUCACGGCCGCCGAGAGCGACAACCUGCUCGAGUUCCUCUGGGACCACGUCGCGGCCAACCACGACAUCCAGACGCGCUUCCGCUGGGAGGAGAACAACCUCGCCAUCUGGGAUAACAGGAGCACGUACCAUGCGCGCACUUGGGACACGACCGAGCUCCGCGAGGGCACCCGGUCGGUCAGCCUCGGCGAGCGGCCCUUCUUCGACCCGCAGAGCAAGGGCCGCCGCGAGGCGCUCGGCCUGGACAAGUAG